AUCAGUAUGCGUGUUACACAAAGAUCUGCGAACCGUGGCGUGCAUACAAAUUGUCUGCAAAAACAUAUUACCUACAGUAAUGGACGGUUGGAAUAUUAUUGCAGUAACUCUACCGGACUGUCUAUAUCAUUUAGCGUAAACUUUCGACCAGUAUUUAUCUUAGUUGACAAAAUACAAAGGGAGACAGAUAUUUUGUGAAGAUCUCUACGUAUAUAGUUUUAAAAAUUCGCAUGAGUGAAAUGAUUUUGAGUUGUUAAACUCAGGACAGUUGAGAGAACAUCGGGGUCUGUUGUGAAACUUGAGGAUUAUUGGAUUAUAAGCGAAGUGGAAUAGCAUGCUGUCUGGUUUGAGUUUUUGAUACGAUGGGAUUUUUAUCGGUUGCAAUAUCUCUUCUUUUGGUGAUUUUAAAAGUUCAUCAUGGUUUAGCACAAGGUGUUUGUAACAGUGGACCCUGCCAGAAUGGAGGUACCUGUCUUCUUGUUACCGGUACGUCUGGCUACUCUUGCCUCUGUGCUUCCGGUUACCAAGGAACAAACUGCGAACUUCAAACGGGUCCUUGUGCUAGCUCACCAUGCCAAAAUGGUGGGACAUGCACCAACGGCGUAAGUUCCACUGGUAGUGAAAUCUUUUCAUGCCAGUGCCCAGAUGACUUCACAGGUAUCUUCUGUCAAACGGAGUUCUCCCAGGACCCGUGCCAGGAUGAGCCUUGUAAAAAUGGCGGAACUUGCAGUGAAUUCGUUGGGACGUACACUUGCGCAUGCGUAACUGGAUGGUCUGGUGUCACUUGUGAAGAAGGUGAUGCCUGUGUAAGUAACCCCUGCCAGAAUGGAGGAGUGUGUAAUAGUUUCCAGAAUCCUACGUUUUACACAUGUUCUUGUAUCAAUGGAUGGCAAGGCUCCAACUGCGACUUAAACCAGUGUAGUUCGGACCCCUGUCAAAAUGGAGCGACCUGUACGGACACAAAUGGAGGGUUGGAAUAUGAGUGCACAUGUGCAAUUGGGUGGCUAGGGACGCUGUGUACGAUUGUGGAUCCUUGUAUUAGCUCACCAUGUAUCCCUAAUGGAAACUGUAUCUCAUUUGAGAACAGUUUCGCAUGUUCCUGUGAUGCCGGCUGGGAUGGAAUUCGAUGUGAAAUACCUGACCCGUGUGAAACUCAACCGUGUUCUGAGAAUAGCACGUGUCACAACAAUGAUACUAACUUCUCCUGCGAGUGUUUUACCGGCUGGGUCGGUGACCUAUGUUUUGAUGAGGAUCCAUGUGGCAGCAUUCCCUGCCAAAACGGUGGCGUGUGCAGAGGAAGCGUCGGGUCUUUCGAGUGUACAUGCCCUGAUGAAUUCGUUGGAGAUACCUGCGAGAUUGAGGACCCAUGUCUAUCUUCCCCAUGUCUGAACAACGCUCUUGGAUGUUCCGGUUUCCCAAGUACCUACAUAUGCGACUGUGCAGACGGUUAUGGAGGUGUUAGUUGCGAAUCAGUGGUCGACUACUGUCUGAUUUACGAUCCGUGUGCAAAUGGAGCAACUUGUUCGAACGAUCUAGCUCUGAACUUCACCUGCGCCUGCACUGGCGAGUGGGUAGGGCAACGCUGUGAUGAAGUGAAUACAUGUCAGGAUCAACCUUGUCUGAAUGGAGGCACAUGUACCGUAGAUGGAUUGAACUACACAUGCUCUUGUGCCUCUGGCUACUUGGGUGAUAAUUGUGAACAUGAAAACAUUUGUAUUCUGAACAAUCCUUGCGUGAAUGGAUUAUGUAAUUACGUUGCUGAUAGCAACUACACCUGCACAUGUAUUGAUGGAUGGAGGGGAUUUGACUGUGAUAUAGUGGACCUGUGCUUUGACACUCCUUGUCUGAAUGGAGCCACUUGUAUAUACGUAGGAGACUCUGAUUUUAGGUGUGAAUGUACCAGCGGAUGGGUGGGCGACCAAUGUCAACUAGAUGAUGUGUGUCUACCGAACCCAUGUCAGAACCUUGGUAACUGCACCAAUAUUGGUUUGACUGAUUUUGAAUGCUCAUGCGAUUCUGACUGGACUGGAGAUCUUUGUGAAAUAGAAAAUGCAUGUCUAAGCAAUCCCUGUGAGAAUGGUGCAUCAUGCAUGCUAACGAACCCAGGUUAUGACUGUACUUGCCCAGAUGGUUGGCUGGGUAUUAACUGCAACAUAGAGGAUGCAUGUUCUAGUAUCCCAUGCCAAAACCAAGGUACGUGCAGCACAUACUUGGAUAAUGAGCUAAAUGGCACAUCAACCUACAACUGCAGUUGUCUAGCUAACUUUACUGGCGUUAACUGUCAGAGAGGUGAUGACUGCUUCCUGAAACCGUGUCAAAAUGGCGCCACCUGCAGUCUUCUCGAUACUGUUGGCCAUGAAUGCUUUUGUGUGCCUGGAUUCAUUGGAGAUAAAUGUGAAAUUGAGGACUAUUGCUUCAGUGACCCCUGUCAGAACGGUGCUGCUUGUGAUCUAGAGCCAGGUGUUGGGUACACGUGUAAUUGCACAGCAGGUUAUACAGGGACAUUUUGUGGUGAAGAUGACUAUUGCUACAGUGAUCCUUGUCAAAACGGAGCGACUUGUAACCUUCUCUCCAAUGGUUAUACAUGUACCUGCCCAGACGGAUAUCUUGGAACACACUGUGAAAAUGUUGAUGCCUGUUUUGCCGGACCAUGUUUCAAUGGAGCCACGUGUAACACACUUGAGAAUGACGUCAUUAACGGAAUUACAAAUUACACCUGUACUUGUGUGCCAGGAUUCACAGAAUACGAUUGUGACAGAGUUGAUGAGUGUUUCAUAUCACCUUGCCAAAAUGGAGGAGCCUGCUCAUUGCUCUCUGGAUCAGGAUACCGAUGUGACUGUCCAGAUCCUUAUAUUGGGAAUGACUGUGAAAUUGAGGAUUUCUGCUUUAGCAAUCCCUGUCAGAAUGAGGCUACUUGUACAUUGCGUAUGAAUGGAGCUGGUUAUGAAUGCGAAUGCACUGUAGAAUACACCGGAACACACUGUGAACUAUUUGACUACUGUUUAUCUGGCCCCUGUGACAACGGAGGAACCUGUCUGUUAGAUAUGAAUGGAAAUGGAUAUAUGUGUGAUUGCAUACCAAGCUUCAUUGGAGAUUUCUGUGAAAUAGAGGACUUUUGCUUCAGUGACCCUUGUCAAAAUGGUGCUACAUGUGACCUUGCCCCUGAUGGAGCUGGGUAUAACUGCACGUGCCCUCCAGACUACUUUGGAAUUCAUUGUGAGAAUUUUGAUUAUUGUUAUAGCGAGCCAUGCCUGAACAAUGCCACAUGUAAUCUCCAAGACAUCAUCAACUAUGAGUGUAUCUGUACUGACAAAUUUGUUGGUCGAAAUUGUGAACAAGAUAACCAUUGCUACAGUGACCCCUGUCAGAAUGGAGGAACUUGUCUUCUUGAAGCGAAUGGCUAUCAGUGUGAAUGCCCUCCAAUCUUUCUAGGGGACUUCUGUGAAAUAGAGGAUUUCUGCUAUGAUAUGCCUUGUGCGAACAAUGCGUCCUGUCAACUUACACCAACAGGCUACGAAUGUAAUUGUACCCUGGGGUUCACCGGCCAAACGUGUGGUCUUGUGGACCAUUGCUUGAGUGAGCCAUGCCAAAACAAUGCAACCUGCCAACUAGGAGGAAAUGGCUACCUAUGUGGGUGUCUGCAGGGAUAUAUUGGAACAAAUUGUGAAGUUGUAAACUAUUGUUUGAACAACCCUUGUCUAAAUGGAGCCACCUGCCAGCUUGGAAAUGAAACAUUUCUGUGUGUUUGUGAAGUUGGAUUUCUAGGAGAACGUUGUGAAAUAGAGAAUUUCUGUUACUCCCAACCUUGCAUGAAUGGUGGAUCAUGCUCACUGGGGUCUAUUGGGUACAACUGCACCUGCCCAUGGCCUUGGGUGGGAGACAACUGCGAAAUACCUAUUCCAUGCGACAGUAACCCCUGUCAGAAUGAAGGCACCUGUGUACCCAAUGGAGCCGAGUUCAUCUGUAACUGUAAACCUGGCUUUACAAGCGACGAUUGCUCGCAAGGAUUUUACAACCCCUGUCUGAGUGACCCUUGCAUGAAUGGAGGAAACUGCACGUUAGUCAACCAGAACAGAGCGUUUCAGUGUAUAUGCCAGUCUGGCUGGACCGGGUAUCAGUGCGAAACACCAUUUGUGUUUGAUCCAUGCCUGAGUAAUCCAUGUCUGAAUGGAGCCAACUGCACAAGUUAUCCAUCUUUCUUUGUCUGUCAGUGCCCCCAGUCUCACUAUGGAGUCAAUUGUGAAGUUUUGAGUCCGUGCUACAGUGACCCUUGCCUAAAUGGAGCAACCUGUAACACAAUUGUUGACAGCUUUGCCCAACUCAACUACCGAUGUGACUGCACAACCGGUCUCCUUGGGCCCAACUGCAACAUUGUUGAUCCAUGUUACAGUAAUCCAUGCCAGGCAGGAGGUACAUGUGUCAUUAAUAUCAGCAAUCAGGGUCUCUAUUCCUACUCCUGUGGAUGCCCUACUUAUUAUGAAGGCACUAACUGUGAAAUCUAUACGUUUGAUCCAUGCGAUAGCAACCCUUGUUAUAAUGGAGGAUCAUGUAAUAAUCUGGGAACUCAUGAUACAUACAUCUGCCAGUGUCUUCCUGGUUUUGAAGGUGACCGUUGCCUAACAGUUUCAAACCAAUGCAGUAGCUCUCCUUGUCAAAACGGUGGGACCUGUAGGAAUUUUGGAGCCUACUACAGCUGUGACUGUCAACUAGGAUUCACUGGUGACAACUGCGAGCUUGCCAUUAACCCUUGUUCCAGUGGGCCUUGCUUCAAUGGAGGCGCAUGUGAUAAGGUACCAGGGGUGUUUGACUACACAUGCACAUGCCCAAAUGGAUACAUUGGAGAUCGCUGUGAGAUUUUACUUGACCCUUGUUUUAAUAAUCCAUGUGAGAAUAGCGGGGUGUGUAUUGCGAGUCUUACAUCCUAUUCCUACCAGUGUAACUGCCCUGAUGGUUACAGUGGAAAUAAUUGUCAAAUAGUUAACAAUGCAUGUUCCCAGAAUCCUUGUCUUAACGGAGCAACAUGUACAGACUUUGUAACAGUCUAUACCUGUGAGUGUCAACCUGGAUAUACAGGGGAAAAUUGUGAUCAAGAACUUGAUCCAUGUGAAAGCACACCAUGUCUGUAUGGCGGAACAUGCUACCGGUUGUCAAAUGUCUACAGUUACGUCUGCAAUUGUGCCUUGGGUUAUACAGGUCCUAACUGCCAAACACUUCUAGAUCCAUGUGUGAGUGGACCCUGCCAAAAUGAAGGAACCUGUGUCGCAAGCCAGUCAUCUUAUGUUUAUGCUUGUGUCUGUAAGGAUGGAUUUUCAGGCACGCACUGUGAAACAGAGUUGGAUCCUUGUUCAAGCUUUCCGUGUGUGAAUGGAGGGAAUUGUUUUAGAGCUAACAAUGCAUACCAGUAUGUGUGCAAUUGUCCAGUUGGCUUUGAAGGAACCAAUUGCGAAGAAGCUGCACCAUGUAACAGUAAUCCGUGUCAGAACAACGCACCGUGUGUGCAAGCCCAGGACGGAAGCUACUUCAUUUGUGUUUGUCCUAAUGAGAGAAUCGUGGGGACCUUCUGUGAGACAGUAUUGGAUCCUUGUGACAGCACUCCAUGUAUUAAUGGUGGGACUUGCUUUCCGUUUGAAACGAGUAACAACUUUGUCUGCAGUUGUCCAGGAGGCUAUGGGGGAGAAUUCUGUGAAAUGACUCCUUGUUCAUCUGAACCCUGCCUAAACAAUGGCCUCUGCACAAUAUUAGGUUCAACGUAUAGCUGUCAGUGUGCAUUUGGGUUUAGAGGAUCGAACUGCGAGGAAAUUGAUGCUUGUGCCAACAGCCCAUGUAUGAACGGUGGUUUGUGUAGUGACCUUGGUUCAGGUUCAUACCAAUGUGAUUGCAUUGGAGACUAUUUAGGAACUAACUGCGAGAUACCCCCUGGAGCAUGUAUUAGUAACCCAUGUGAAAGAGGCCAGUGCUUUUCCCUUCAAAUUGGUUAUUUCUGUGACUGCCCAGAUGGAUACAGUGGAGACAACUGUGAAAUUGCAAAUGAUGCUUGUUCCCCGGAUCCGUGUCAAAACGAAGCUCCUUGUAUCAACCAAAUAACUUACUAUACAUGUGUCUGUCAAGAGGGAUAUAUAGGGGACAACUGUGAGCAAGCAACUGCCUGUGUGACCAGCCCUUGUCUGAAUGGAGGAACCUGCUCCCCUGCAGGAUCAGGUUACACCUGUCAGUGUACGGAUGCAUUCAUUGGAUCAACCUGCAACGUUGAUAACCCAUGCUACACAUCACCUUGCCAGAAUGGAGGCGUUUGUACUGUGAGUGGCUUUAAUUAUGUGUGUAGCUGUGGAUCAGUAUGGAUUGGACAGACAUGCACCGAAUAUCACCCAUGUGGAUCCUCGCCCUGUCUUAAUGGAGGGGCCUGCUACAAUACAGGUGGAACCUAUCAAUGUACAUGCCCUAAUGGCUGGACUGGCAGCACCUGUGCACAAGCUGCCCCUUGUUGGUCUUCGCCAUGUCAGAAUGGCGGUAUAUGUUUAACAAUCGAUGACCAAUACAGAUGUGAUUGUCCAGACGAUCACAUCGGUAGCAACUGCCAAACAUAUAAUCCAUGUUGGUCCUCACCCUGUUACAAUGGAGGGACCUGUAUCAACCAGGCUAAUACGUUCCGCUGUGAGUGUGCAGCUGGAUUUGCUGGAACUAACUGCUUGGAAGUGGUCAACCCGUGUGCUAUUGCUAAUCCCUGUCAGAAUGGGGGAGUCUGUAGUGUCCUGUCAGGCGGAAUGUACGAAUGUACCUGUCCUACAGGUUUCUUGGGUGCAAACUGUGAGAUAGAAUUGCCUUGCACUAGUAAUCCUUGUCAAAACGGAGCGGCCUGUCUGGUAACUUCUGGUCUGGAAUAUACCUGUCAAUGUUUGGAUGGAUACGCAGGCACACAGUGUGAACAAGAUGUUGAUCCUUGUGAUCCAGAUCCCUGUCAAAAUGGUGCACCUUGCAUGGUUCUCAGCGUGACUUCCUACAACUGUGAUUGCCCUGAAGGUUACUUGGGGGUCAAUUGCCAAUUUGAUGAUAUGGAUCCCUGCACACCAAACCUUUGCCAGAACAAUGGGCAGUGUACACCGGGGAAUGGAGAUAUUUAUACAUGCCAGUGUCAGUCAGGAUACAGUGGAGCUAACUGUCAACUAAGCGAUUGUGAGCCAAACCCAUGCUUUAACGGUGGAUCUUGUUCUAUUGGCCUGAAUGGUGCUCAGUGUACUUGUGUCAAUGGAUGGAAGGGAACUUUCUGCAAUUUGUAUGACUGUGUUGCUGCUGCACCCUGUGCAAAUGGAGGAACAUGUAAUGAAGCUGGAUCAUUGUUCUACUGUGCAUGUCCCGAGGAAUUCCAUGGUGCUACCUGUGAAUUUGAAACGACAUGGGGUGUUGACAUGAACGUUGCUGCCAACGAUCCUCAAGUAGUGAACUCCCCAAACUUUCCCAGUACCUACCCACCAAACCUCCAAGUCACCUGGACCGUAACCGCCAUGGAAGGCGAGCUCAUCCAGGGUGUCAUUUCAUCCUUCGACAUGGUCGCUCCCAAUGACUACCUGGACAUCUAUGACACCAACUUGUUGGAAGGCAGGAGGAGGCGGGCGGCCCCAGCAGGAGCCACCUUGCUCCUUCACCUGACUGGUCCACAAGCAAGCCUCCCAAAUACCACUUUUGUGUCAACCGGUAAUUCUGUGACCAUGGUCAUGAUCACCGAUUCUGCAGAUGAGGGGAUUGGUUUCUCUUUGGUGUUUACAGCAAUGAACAAUCUAGAAAUUUGCGAAUGUCGGACUACGAGAUCACGUACAAUCCGACAAGAUUCCUGCUCUGCGGAACCUUGUGUCAAUGGUGCCACUUGUACUGUGAUCAAUGCUGAUACUUACAGUUGCAACUGCCCAGAUGGAUUCGUUGGACAAAAUUGCCAAUAUGCUGAUUGCACACAGAGUGGUUGUUAUCAUGGAGGUGCGUGUAACACACAGCUAUUGGGUGACCCAACGUGUCUGUGUGCGGUUGGAUACACAGGUGUUAUGUGCGAAACUGAAAUUGAUGAAUGUGAGAGCAAUCCUUGUCAGAAUGGAGCAACUUGUGAGAACUAUGUUGCUAUCUACCGGUGUAUCUGCCCAGCAAAUUUCACGGGACAACAGUGUGAAUCUCGUAUCACUGGAGCCACAGAAGCUCCACGCACGGGUGGCUUCCAAAUGGAGACCUGGCUGAUCGUCAUCAUCGUCCUGGCGGUCGUCAUCCUCAUCGUAAUCAGUGUCCUGAUCACUGGUCUCUUCUGCAUGAGGCGCUCAAAGACGCCCAAACUUUCAGACCGCGAAAACUGGGAAAUGAAAAAUGGCGCCCUCAUCACUCCCAUGGUGGCCCGCGCUAGAACACAACAAAACGGACACGCACGGACACAUGAUGAGAGUAGAUCUCCACCACCAACGUAUGGAUCGCUACAACCUUCACAGCGUGCCCGAGCCGUGGCUGAAGGCGCAACGCCGAUUCCUCGGCAAGGUGAAUCAUCAUCACGUCCAGUGUCGCGGGCGAUACACUACCAACAUCGUAGUUACAUUGAAAAUGGAAAUGUCCGGAAUGGGCAGUUGCUUACGAGUACACCUCAUGCACCCAAGCCCGGGGGUUCGGGUACCCGUCAUAGUCGCUCCUACAGCUUAGAAGGGGCACAGAACUCUGGAUACUUUGUAGACGAUGCGGAUUACUCCCCAACUCGAAUCGAACAAAGCACCGGAGACGGUGAUGACUAUAGUAUUUCAAGCGCUGAACUCGAACAAUUCAUGGUCAGUAUGGCAAUGAAUAAUACCAGCCAGUAACCAUGACAAUAAACUUUAAUGAUACUGAUGGAUUGACUGAAAGACAUUCCAGCGCAAAUUGGUGUCAUGAAUUGAAUGAUGUGCAUUUGUAAUUGAUGCGGGCAAUCACUUGCAAUUGUUCAAGAUUGUAUGUAUAUAUCAUUGGAAUGGAUAUAAGUUUGCCAAUGUUGUUUAGAUUUUUUAUGCAACAACAUGUAUCACCUUGAGAAAUUGACCUUGAAAUUCUUUUUGCAAACUUGCUCUCAUAUUGAAAUUCAAAUAAUCAUAGGGUAUAUAUAUAUAUAUAUAUAUAUAUAUAUAUAUAUAUAUAUAUAUAUAUAUAUAUAUAUAUAUAUAAUUCCAUCAACAUUCCUAGGAGAGUCAUUGAACAACUAUGAAUUAUAAUAUUUUCUCAGAUACAUUAACAACAUUUUUUAUGCAAAUUUUAUAUAUAUUUCUUCACUUUUUUUUAUGUAUGAACAUUGAUUUGUACGAUCCGUUGACAAAUGUUUUAUACCAAACGGUACGAAUCUAUUGAAGCUAAUUAUAAAAAGUGGAUCUCUCAAGGCCAUCAAAGGAACAAAAGAUAAGUAAAUGCAAUUUAGUACAUAUUGACAAAUAUACAGUAUAGCCCAACAAGUGAUCUGAUCUUCCUAUUAAAUAGUACAUUAAACCAGUAUUGACCAUAUAUUUAUUGGAACAUGUUAUUAUUAUCAAAUUAUAUUGAAGGGUAUUGAAUUCGUAAUAUGAUCAAUUAUCUAAUGUUUGCAAACAGAUAUCGUGAUUUGACUCCCAUUCAAAGUACUGAACAGGUAACAAGAUUAAUUAAAAAAUGGAACAAAAUGUUUACAAAUCAUAUGAAAGUGAAAAGAUAUAUUUCUCAUUAUGUUGCAGAAUACCAUUACAUUUUUGUUCAAAUGAGGCUUUUCAUAGUUAGUUGCUAUGCAAAUGUGUGUUUUGACUACAUAGAAAUUCCAUGUCUUUUAAUUCAAAUGCCUUUUAAGGAGUUUUUCGCAACUUUUAUGGCGGGAUAGUUGUUUGAAUGUUUUAUAUUUUUCAGGUGCUAAUACUGAUAAGCUGACGUUGCUUUUAGUGCCUCAUUAUGUUGACGUGACUGAUAUAUUAGAUGUUAUGACAAUUAAUACUUGCCAGCAUUUGGCUGUAAUUUGCCUUUAAUUUUAAAUUAGAAGCUCUUCAGAAUUUCAAAUCUAUUUUUAUCUUUAAAAUAAUCAAUGUUUUUAUAAUUGUCUUUAGUUCAGAAUUUGUGCUUUUGAUUUAUACUGAAUUCUGGAAAUUCAUUCUAGUUAUGAUUUUAGGUAUAGUAUCCAGAAUUAUAUGCAGAUUUCGCCCUCUAUUUACUAUCACCACAGCAACCUUGUAUAGCAUCAGCGCCAGAUCUGGUGCGCAUAUAACAUAAAGCUCAGCAAUUGACUUGCUUUAAAAGUGUGUAUAUAUGACUAUUGAUCCAGAAAAGUGGCACAUUGACUGAUUUUGGAUGCUAUAUCCCCUUCCCCUAUUUUCUUUACUUUGAAGAGAUGAAGUAUAUUCGUUUUGAAAGCCCAUUACACUGAUCCUGUUUGCAAGUAUUUCUCAGAACUUUAUGAACUUUAAAAAUCAAAGAUCAUUCAUUCUUCAUCAUUUAGCUACACAAUAAAUAUCAAAGAUAAUUAUGCAUUUACAUAAGCAAAAUUCAAGCUGUAUUAAACAGCAAAAUGUCUUCCAACGAUUGAAUCAAAGGAAUUUAAUUUGCAGUAUGCACGGUAAAUUAUUACCCCAUUUUUAUAUAAGCAUAUAAUAAUAUAUCAUGAGUACUUCUUUUUUUACUUGUUUAAAUUUAUAAAUUAUUAUUAUAAUUACUAGUAUGCUGUGAUCCAUUUUAACUAUUAUUGUUGAAAUGAUUAUUUCUUGCUUUUAGUGGUGAUGAUAUUUAUCAUCAUUUUAAUUUGUAUUCCUAAAUAGCGAUCAAAAUUCAUAAACGUGUAUAAAAAGAAAGUAAUUAAAUCAUUUAUUCAGUCGGAACUAUUAAAUAUGCUACAAAAUAAGAUUCCGAUCAAACGUUAUUAUUAUUUGCUAUCAUAUUAUUGAGUUUUAUUGAAAUAUAUUUAUUUCUAACAAAUUUGCUUAUUCACUGUGUGAGGGAAAUGGAGCUGAAAUUAUGCGUGCCGAAGGAAUAAAAUAUAAUUGAUACAUUCAA